GGGGCGGAGGUGGGGCGGGAAGUGACUCAUAACCCCCAGCCAUCCCCCCUUCUUCGCUUCCUCUCUAGGAAUCUGCAUUCUUUUCCAUUAACCCUUAGGCGGAUUCUCACCAGGAAAGAAAAAGGACGGGUGCCUGGCCCUGCGGACGCUGCAGAGGCUGGAGGAAGAGGAGAGAGGAGCUUGGACUGAUAGCUGGAAGCAUUCAGUUUUGCUGGAAGAGUAUCGGCCUGUCUGGAGCCUCUAAGAACUUGCAGUGUGACCUACAGUGACUCCUUGGCGUUCUGAGACUCAGGAUGGGAACAGAGUAGAGAAGGAAAGCAGACAAAAGCACUGGCAUCAUCCCAGCCAGGAGCAGUGGGGGAUUCUGGAAAAGAACUGUGCAGAAGAUCCUGGGUAAGGACACCACCAACUCAGAUGCACAGCAUCAGUGCUUCAGGCAGUUCUGCAGUCAGAAGGCUGAGGGCCUUUGACAGAUUUGCAGCAACUCCACAACCUUUGCCAUCAGUGGUUGAAGCUAGAGAAACACGCAAAGAAUAAGAUCCUGGACCUGGUGAUCCUGGAGCAGUUCCUGACUGUCCUGUCCCUGGAGAUGGAGAGCUGGGUCAGAGAAUGCAGAGGGGAGGCCAGUUCCCAGAUGAUGGCCCUGGCAGAAAGUUUCCCCUUGAACCAGACAGAGGCCAAGAGGCAGGAAGAGCAGCGGAUGCUGGGACCAUCAGAAACAUCCCCUGAAUUCCCUGAGGCAGAGAAGGCUCCAUCAGAUGCCAGGCAGAGGCCGCUCUUCAGGUGGAUUGUGCAGGAGCGUGACGGAGGGGCCACCUUCCUGGGUGGAGAAAUGACCCUGGUGCUUCAGCCUUGGCCCUCUCCAAUGUGUGCUGGAGCAGAAACGGUUGCUGUAAGGCCCGGUCAGGGUCUGGUGACCUUUGAGGAAGUGGCUGUGAAUUUUACAGAGGAGGAGUGGGCUCUGCUCGAUCCAGAGCAAAGGGUCCUGCAUGCCGAAGUCAUGGAGGAGAACUCUAGGAACAUAGCUUCUCUGGGCUGGCAGAGUGAAAAGCAAGAGCUAUGCACGGUGUCCAUGGAAGGAGUCAGAUAUCCAGUGGGAGAAGAGAAGCAAAUAGAAACUGAAGCAGAAGAGUGGAACACAUCUUGGGCUCCUCAGGAAGAUGGCUCCUCAUCUCCUCUGGGAGAUGACUUCCAUGAAAUCCCACAUCAAGGGGAAAAAGAUAAAGUGAUGGAAAGGAAUGAGGGCAGCUUGUGUGGGAAAAUCUUUAGUGCUGAGUUGUAUCUUAAUCAACAUACACUAACAGAUGUGGCAGAGAAACCUUAUAUAUGUUCAGAGUGUGGAAAGAGCUUCAGUCAGAGUACGUAUCUGAGGAGACAUCACAGAGUCCACACCGGAGAGAAACCAUACCAGUGCUCAGAGUGUGGGAAGAGCUUCAGUCGGAGCACACACCUUAAAAGGCAUCAGCGAAUCCACACAGGAGAGAGACCAUUUAAAUGCUCGGAGUGUGGAAAGGGCUUCACUCAGAGGAUAAACCUGAGUGCACAUCAAAGCGUGCACACAGCAGAGAAGCCGUUCAUGUGCUCCGAGUGUGGAAAGAGCUUCCGUCAGAGGAUAAAGCUUAUUACACAUCAAAGAGUACACAUGGCAGAGAAACCAUAUAAGUGUUCAGAGUGUGGGAAGAGCUUCACUCAGAGCACACAUCUUAGGAGACAUCUUGAAAUACAUACAGGAGAGAGGGCCUAUACCUGCUCAGAGUGUGGGAAGAGCUUCAGUCAGCAGGCAUGCCUUACUAGACACCAGAGAGUCCACACAGGGGAGAAACCAUACAAAUGUUUAGAGUGUGGAAAAAGCUUCAGCCACCGCUCUAGCCUGACUUUCCAUCAAAGAAUCCACACAGGGGAGAAACCAUAUCAAUGCUCAAUGUGUGGUAAGAGCUUCAAUCGGAAGUCACGCCUUACUAGACAUCAAAGAGUCCACACAGGUGAAAAACCACAUAAAUGCCCAGAGUGUGGAAAAAGCUUCAGUCAGAAGAAAAACCUUACCAUACAUCAUCAAAGUGUGCACUUGGAUGAGAAACCAUAUAAAUGUUCAGAGUGCGGAAAGGGUUUUAGUUGGAAGAUAAACCUUACUACACAUGAAAGGACCCACACGGGAGAAAAACCAUACCAGUGCUCAGAAUGUUGGAAGAGCUUUUCUCGCAGCACACACCUUAGGAGUCAUCUGAGAAUCCACACAGGAGAGAAACCAUUUAUAUGCUCAGAAUGUGGAAAGAGCUUCGUUCGGAGUGCACACCUUAGCAGACAUCAGAGAACCCACACAAGAAAGAAGCCGUAUCAGUGCUCACUGUGUGGCAUGAUCUUCAGACGGAAGAGUGAUCUCGCCACACAUCACAGAGUGGACGCAGCAGAUAAUCCAUAUGCAUGCUCGAGAGUGUGGAAAAAGCUUCAGUCAGAAUACAAGGCACAGAAGACAUCACAGAACCCACAUGGGGGAGAGGCCAUCUCUGUAGUCACAGACUGUAAUGAACAUAAAUAAUCCACUUAUACUUGGACACCUCAGCAUAGGAAGCUGCCAUAUACUGAGUCAGACCAUUGGUCUAUCUAGCUCAGUAUUGUCUUCAUAGACUUGCAGUGGCUUCGCCAAGGUUGCAGGCAGGAAUCUCUCAGCCCUAACUUGGAGAAGUCAAGGAGGGAACUUGAAACCUUCUGCUCUUCCCAGAGUGGCUCCAUCCCCUGAGGGGAAUAUCUUACAGAGCUCACACUUCUAGUCUCCCAUUCAUAUGCAACCAGGGCAGACCCUGCUUAGCUAAGGGGACAAGCCAUGCUUGCUACCACAAGACCAGUUCUUCUCUUCAAGCAUGGAACAAACUUCAGGUUUGUUCAUAGAUUAUCUGUCACUCAGGUGGACAUAUAUAGCGAGUUAGCCUAGGCCAGAGGUGGGCAAAUUUGGCCCUCCAUCUGUUGAACUACAAUUCCAUUCAUCCUCAGUCACAAUAAAUCAUGUCUGGGGAUGAUGGGAGUUGUAAUUCAACAACAGCUGGAGGGCCAAGUUUGCCCACCACUGGCCUAGGGCUAGUCUACCUUUAAUGAGUGAUAAAGGGACUGUACAAGUGUCUGUGGAAUGUGGCAGAUUCCAUAUGCAUGCAAAAUAUUACAUUUUUUAAAAUUACAUAUUUUCUUUUAAUGCCACCCUAAGCCCUCAGGGUAGCAUACAUGGGAGCUGUUGACCCAUGUAGGCAAAGAGCAGGUGAUGACUGAAGAUCUUUUCUUGCUAACAGGGGCCCUGCCCAGCCCCACCCCAAAAUCCUCCUGAGGCAGCCCUCCUCCUGAGGAGACCCAUUGGGCGGGAGAAUGAACAGUGAAGCAUGCAUUCCAUCUUCAGAGCUGGAGCUUGGUCCUGGCCCCAUGUCGCCUCUGUUUUCCUGGGGGUGUUGGAGAAGGCUCAAGAGAAGAGUCUGGAAGCCCAGCAGGGAGGUGUCAAGUCCCAGAUCACCAGGGCUUCUGAGGGAGUGGCUGCUCUGGUUCUGGUGGUGGUAGGGGACUGUCAUCAGGAUGGGGAUUCAGGCCAGGAUGGACUCUCCUUCAUCCUCAGACUUGCUCUCUUCUGGGUUGGUGUCUGGGCAAACUCUGGACACCUGAGCGCGGGCACAGCAGUAUUGUAGCAAGCAAUGCUUGUGGCUCUGAAAUUUGCUGUAUUUACGAAUGAACAGAUCAUGGGGUCAUGGUGGACAGCUCGUUAAAAGAAUUGACUCAGUGUGUGGCAGCUGUUAAAGGCAAAUUCCAUGCUACGGAUCAUUAGGAAGGGGACUCAAAAUAAAAAAUGUUACUAUGA